UUGCGGCCGCAGGACUGUGGUAGCGUGGUCGUUCUGUGGCGUGGGUCGGUGUUCUGGCAAGUGUUCUGUGGGUCGGUCAAUCUAGCGUGUAGAGCAAGUGGUGGUCAGAGCGCAUUCAAGUUUUACACAUAGACGAGCGCAUAGCGGUCACCGCCACAUAUUAGCAAGAUGGAACCGCAGAAGAAACGGAAAAAGCGCGGAAGGUAUAAAAAGUAUCUGAAUCCAAGCAGUGUAUGCAGUGUGCCCAGAUCAACAGACUCAUCAGCUAGGCUGCGGCUCGCUAAAACUGAAUCCAUAAAGGAUGGCUCACACAAUAAAAGUUCGGAUGAAGGUCCGCUGGAUUCGCGGCCGCCCGUCGGUCAAGCGGAGUACACGGUACCGCAAAAUGCGACAUCGAUGGCCGCUGCGGUGUUGGCGGCGGACAGUGCUGUGCAGCAUGCGAAUAAUGACGACGAUGGGCAGCGAUUCCGAUGGAGCGAGCAGCCUAUGUUCUAGAACGCUGACAUCUCCGCAGCCAGCCAUUCCGGGUGAUCGAAGUGAACGACAGAGAGAUCUGCAAGAUAUAGAUGAUGGAGGUGAUUACAGUGGAGACUGUGCCGCCACUGUGUAUGAUCCAUGUGGUGCAAAUCAUUUCAUCAGUGAUGAUGACAACACAGAUUUUGGCAGUUGUGAUGACACAACUGACCCUACAACAAUGGGCACUCAACAUGAUACUGUGGACAGCGUGACUCGGGGCGUGUUUCUAUCUGAAUGUAACAGUGAAGUGUGUGAUGUGGCUGAUGGCAUAGACAGUGAGGGACCUUUCAAUGGAAACUUGUCAACCGAUGCCGACACAAACAGGACACAACUUGGAGAUUUGUUUCAGGAGGUCCUGAAUGAAAAGAUUGUCGUUUCAAAAGGCGAGAUGCUUUUGAUGAUAUUUAAACAUGCCAUAAAAAGUAAUUUGUCUUUUACAGCAAUGGUGAGUUUGAUUGAAAUGGUCAACAUGUUUUUUGAACGACCUGUUCUGCCACAUUCACGAUACCAGCUUGGCAAGCUUUUUUCAGAGCAUGGCACCGAGAUGAGUUUUCAUUUCAUUUGUGGUAAAUGUUCGACAGUGCACGAGGUCGCACAAUCCUAUGCUCAGUCGAGUCAUUGUCAAAAAUGUGGCUGGGCUCUAGCUUCCUCAGUAAACAGCGAAUCAUUUUUUGUCCUAUUGGAUGUCCCCUCUCAACUUCGAAAGGUUUUAAAGAAUUGCAGCUUUCUUGACCUGACAAAGCCCUUAAGUCAAAGCAGUAACCUUUCUGAUAUUUGUGAUGGAGAAUUAUAUCGCAAAUUUGUUUCUGCUACAGUAGACGAAGGGCACAGGAUUAGCUUUACAUUAAAUGCAGAUGGCACACCACUAUUUUCAUCCAGCAACACUUCAAUUUGGCCUAUACAGCUACUGGUGAAUGAGGUGCCCAUUAUGCAAAGAGGGGACAAACUUGUGUUGGCUGCUCUUUGGUUUGGAAAGAAAAAGCCAGAUAUGAGCAUUUUUCUUGAUGUGUUUGAAGAGAAAAUGGAAGGUUUGGCACAGAAUGGCUUUGUUCUUGAUCAUGAAGGACAGCCGAAGCUGUUCAAGGCUUAUUGCAUUUGCUGUGCAGUUGAUUCAGUGGCAAGAGCCCCCAUGCAAGGGGUCAUGCAAUUUAAUGCAUACUAUGGGUGUAACUGGUGUCUGCAAAAGGGGGAACGCAUUGCAGGCACUACCAGGUACCCAGUAGAGAAGAAUGAGCCACCAGAGCGUUCUGAACAAGAAAUUAUGGAAGAUGCAGAAACUGCAUUGCAACAGGAUCAUUCUGAAAGAGGAGUGAAGACAGUUUCUCCACUUCUAAACUUGCCACAUUUUGAUAUAGUCUGGGGUUUUGUCCCCGAUUAUAUGCAUAGUAUUUUGUUGGGAGUGGCGAGGCAGUUUUUAGAGAUGUGGAUGGCUGAUGCACAGUGUGAUUUCUAUAUUGGGAAGCAUCAAAGAACGAUUGAUGAAAGGCUGACAGCACUGGCUCCUCCUAGAGAAGUGCGCCGGUUGCCAAGAGCAACAAAAGAAAGAAAGUGGUGGAAGGCCAAGGAGUUUGAGAAUUGGGUGCUCUUCUACAGCCUGCCAGUGCUGCAAGGAAUUUUGAAUAAAUCUUGCAUCAGUCACUGGGCUUGCCUUGUUGAGGUGCUUCACAUUCUGCUGUCACGUAACAUAAGUUUGUCACACUUUCAGCGAGCAGAAGAACUCCUUUUGGAGUUUCACGUCAUGGCAGAAGCCAUAUAUGGGAAAAAAUGCAUGACAUUUAACCUACAUCAACUUGUGCACAUUGCAAAAAGUGUCAAGCACUGGGGCCCACUGUGGGCGCAUUCGGCAUUCCCGUUUGAAGCUGGCAAUGGCGCAUUAAAGUCCAUGGUAAAAGCUGCAAAUGGCGUACCACACCAAAUUUGUAGAGCACAUCAAGUUGAGGACUUGAUCGACAAGCUAUCAAGCAUAACAACAGACAGGAGAGUGCUUGACUACUGUAUGUCGCUCGACAAAAGAGCCACACAGAAGACAGUUGUUGCUGAAGACAUUCGCCUUUUUGGUAGGGGUGUCCCAUACAGAAGUGAUGCUUCUACAGAUCUUGUGCAGUACACCCGUAUGCUUAUGAAAGGGACAGUAUACACGAGCCAUAACUACUCGUCAAAAAAAAAGACUAACAGUUCUGUCGUACGCCUUGCUGACCAAUCAUAUGCGGUUAUAGAAACAAUUCUUAUGAAACAAGGCGAAGUGUACAUUGCAGCCAGGCGCCUCCACUGCUCAGCAGUAAAAUAUAGCACCUUAGUGAUGGAACAUUUGGUGAAGGUUCAAAGAGAAGCAGCAACAACAACUCUUGUAUCAGCAUCAGAAAUUUUCAGUGUUUGUGCACACAUGCAAGUAGGCCCGAACAUAUUCAUUUCACCCGUGCCUAGCUCGUUCACAAUGUAAAUUUUCAAAUCUGGUGUGCAAUUCUAAUAGACCAUUUUCAAGCACACCAUCGCCACUAACAAGUGCGGAAGCACUCACGGGUAAAGUUGGUAUGCCAGAGCAGCCAACGGCAAGAAGUAUGCGGGCCUCACGCUUUACCGCUUGCGUCAUUCCAGGACUUCUUAGAGACCUUGAAUUUGGCUAGGUGCAACAUAUUACUGCGUAAUUCAAUUGCGAACUUCAGUGUUCAGCUGCGAGGGCUUCUCGACUAUUUCCAUCAGUCUCACUAUAGGAUUUUUUAAGUGGCUCAGAAGUGUCAUCCCCCUUUUGUUUUCCUUUAUGGCAAAAAAUGAAAUAAAAUAGAUACACUCUGUUGCCUAUGAAACGCUCGAGCAGUCCUACAUUUGGAACCAAUGUCCACUGACACUGUCUACGAGUAGAAUGUGAGGUUCUGAUUUUGAAGAGUUCUAUAGAAAGUAUAGUCCGCAUUUAAUAAAAUAAGAUACAAUCACUGAA